AAUAUAUCACGGCGACUACGGGUUGCUCUGCAAAUUACUUUUUACUCAGACGUAUCCCUGGAAUACGAGCUUUCCUUGCUGGCGUGACCUUUCUGUCGACGAAUAUAUACGACUCUAUCUCUGUCUUCAGGGCUUUCUCACAUUCUUUUGGUCCACCCACUCUUUUCGGGGGUUUCGCUGUUUAAUUUUAAUCCAUGUCAUCCACCUCUUCCCUGAACGAAGCUCAUGAAGCCAACGAUAUCGAGCCAGUCAGCAUACACGUAUCCUCUCCAGAAUCUCAACCAUCUUCCAUAGAGUCUUCUCUCACCCUCGCACCCACCAUCCUCAUCACUAAUGCCACUUCGCUGAGAUCCACAUGUUCACUACCCCAACAUGCCAUGAACGUCAAGUUCGCCGCUCUACCAAAGACCGAACCUAGACGUAAGCGUUCCUUGGCUCCCCUUGGUGUUUCUGCUCGCAGCCGGCGACGCCAACAGCAACAGCAAGAUUCAUUCAUGUGGAACAAUGAUGCUCUUGCUCAGGAAGAGGAGUACGUCGAGGAUCCGUUCAUAACACUUGGGAGGCUCGUGAAGAACGCGAGCAAGCAUCUGUGGAAGCGGGUGCGGAAAAAGGAGAAGGGGGGGGAAGAUGAGAAAGACGCUGGAGAGCUGGGUGAUUCAAGUGACACCGCCCCCAUCGUCGACGUCCGACGUGUGUCCGUCAAAGAUGGUGGUUUACCACGUCUAGAUACGGCAUCAGUUCUGGAGGAGGAAAGAGAGGAUGAGACAGAGGGAAAUGGGGACGCAGGAGCGGAUAUGCCGAGCGACGGGCUAAAAGAGAACGCGUCCGCCCUUGGGGAUAACGAGGAGAGCCUUGAGGCUGCGAUCCAAGAAGUAUUUGCACGACGCUACUCCUGGUCGCCUUCGCUUGAACCAAGGCAAACUGUCCCCACAGACACAAAGCGGAGGAGCACGGGGACUGUAACGCCCCCUAGAUUGAUAGAUCAAGAACCAUGAAGGGUUUUAUAUGGGAAAGGGAGUUUCUUGAUCUCUGGUAUCAAUAGCCAUAGACGCCAUGAUUCCAGUCUGUUUGGCAGGCAGCAUUACAACAUAUCCUUAUACUAUUAUAUUCUUAGAACCCAAUCUUAUCCCACCGCCUACCCUAUGAUAUUAUUUCGAGAUCUGUAACUUCUGCUGUAUAUCCUCUAUUGCUCCUUUGUCGACACAAUUGCUCCAAUGUGCAUUUUAAAUUCAACCACCGCGGG